AUGUCAAAGGACCAAUCUCUUCUCCUCCCAGACGGCCGAACUCUCAGUUACACCACAUUCGGCAUCACCCCACAACCAGGCCAACCGACCAUCUUCCACUUCCACGGCCUCCCCGGCUCCAACCACGAAGGCCAAACCGUCCACGAAGAAGCCAUCAAGCGCAAUAUCUGCGUCGUCGCCGUGACUCGGCCGGGCUACGGCGGCUCAACCUUUCAACCCAACCGCACAAUCCUCGCGUUUCCGCAGGAUGUUGUCGCCCUAGCGGACCACCUCAAAGUCCAGCGCUUCGCCGUGCUAGGCAUCUCCGGCGGCGCUCCGUAUGCCCUCGCCUGCCUCCACUCGAUACCGACAGCAAGGCUCGCCGGCGCCGCCGUCGUCUCCGGGAUGUUCCCGUCCGCGCUGGGCCUAGGCGGAAUGAUGCUCUUGAAUCGCCUUCUCUUCAACAUUGCACCUUGGAUGCCGGGCCUCAUCCAAGUCAUCGCCGACUGGCAAGUCGGAAACCUUGCCCGGGAUGUGGAGCACCCGGAGCGGCUUGCUCAAUCGGUCGCGGACGCCUUGGCGAGUCGUCCGGUAGAGGACCGGGCAGCGCUGUACGCCGAUGACGGCAAGAUCUUGCGGCUUUUGGAACAGAGUACUCGCGAGGCAUUUUGCGAGAGCGGUCGUGGAUUCGCGUGGGAGGCGAAACUGUUUGGUAGCCCGUGGGGGUUCGAGUUGGAGGAUUUGGACGUGCAGCAAGGGAGGUUGGUUGUCUGGCAUGCGGGCAAGGAUGUGAAUGUUCCCUUGCGGAUGGCCGAGGAGGCGGCGAAAAUGAUUCGAGGGGCAGAACUCAGAGUUGUUCCAGAGGCGGCACACAAAAGUCUAACUGCGCGUAAAAUGGGAGAGGUAAUUACCACACUUGCAGAAAUGUUGGAAGCGUAG